CAUCGCCAUAACGACGGCUAGGCCGCGGUUCCGGCCACCGCGCCGGAAGUGCCGCGAUCCUGGGUAAAAGCGAACACUUCCACGAACCGCUGGUCGACAGUUGCCAUCGAUUGAACUGUCAACACCUUCAAUUCCAUUGCUGGCAUUCUUGUUCAGAUGGGGCGGAAGAAACAGUUUCAGAAGAAGGAGCGUGCUGGUCCAAAAUGGAAAGAUGCCCAUCAUAGAGAGAAGCGCCAAUCCUUUGAGACAUUUGGAGAGGAUCUUCAUGAUGCUCUGCAAGCUGUUGGAGAUGGGCCAUCUGAGGAUGUAACAUGCCCCAAAUUCCAAUUUCCGUGCCCACUGGCCAUGUGGGAACUUGGACAUUGUGAUCCAAAAAGAUGCACAGGCAGGAAACUUGUUCGCAAAGGGUUUGUCCGCAAUAUGCGCAUCAACGAGAGAUUCAAUGGAAUCAUUCUCACUCCUUUAGGAACAAAAUACGUUUCCCCAUCUGACAGAGAGAUCGUGGAGCAACGAGGUGUAGCUGUCAUUGAUUGUUCCUGGGCUAGAUUAGCGGACACCCCGUUCUCAAAGAUGAAGGGCAGACAUCCCCGGCUGUUGCCCCACCUCGUUGCUGCUAAUCCAGUCAAUUAUGGGCGACCCUGCAAGCUCUCCUGUGUUGAGGCAUUUGCUGCCACGUUCGCCAUUGUGGGUUUUCCAGAACUGGCUGAGAUUCUACUGGAGAAAUUCAAAUGGGGGAAAACGUUCUUGAAACUGAACCAAGAAGUACUGGAGAAGUAUAGUGCAUGUCAGAAUGAGGCAGAGGUCCAUCAAGCUGAGGAGGAGUGGCUUUCUGCAGAGCAAGAGCCAGAAGAACUGGAAGAUCCAUUUGAUGUCGAUUCAGGAAAAGAGUUCUGUAAUCUUAAUAAGCCGCACCUUGGAAGAGCUGUAGAGUUUGAAGAAGGAAGUGAUGAAGAUUCUGGGGAAGAAGACAAAGAUAGUAAACCAGAUGAAGGAAAUGAAGCAGAGGUUUGCAGUGAACAUGAAGAGCAAACUGGCUGCAGUGAGGAGGAGCAACUUGCUGGAAAGACGAUGGGUAUUGCGGAAAGCUGAGGGUGAAUAUAAUGGUGAAGAACUCUGCAAGAGUUGACUGGAGGCUUCCUCCCUAUUUAGACAACUUCUUAAAAAAGAACUUUUCCAAAUCUGUUCCAAAUAGUUAUUUAUAACUAAUAGCUGGGUUCUAUAUAGAGCACUGCUUUUUUGGUCAAAUAAAAGAGCUUGCAGUUUUGCAGUACCUGACACAAUGCAACAAAUAAUAAGCCCAUUUGGCCCCUCAAACCUAAUCUACUGAUCACCGAGUUUACAGUGAGCUGCUUUUCUUUUAAAGCUCUUUUUCUUUUUGCAUUUAUGGGUUCCAAAUUUCUAUCAUGGGUGCAGAUGUAUUUCCGAGUACAGUCUUGAAUAACCUUGGCCCAAUUUGUAGCCAUGUUUUAAAGCUCAAAUCACCCUUUAACUAUCUGAAUUCCAGAGAAUACGUACCUAGUUUCUGUAAUUUCUCUCUGAUUUAGAACUUAGUCCUGGUACAUUCACCCUGCACUUGCUCCACAACAGAAUUUUAUGCAAAUACAUGGUACACUGGAUUUCACACAUCACUCCAAAUAUGAUUUAUCCAGGGCUUAGUAAAGCUGUAGGAUAACGUUAUCUCCCUGUAUCCCAAGGAUUAAGACCUGCAUUUCAUGGGUUGUUUUCAUUAACUUCUGUAGCUGUUAUUUUAACACAGGAUAUUAAGACACAGAUAUUAAGACACAUGUACCAAUAACAAUCUACAGACCUCUAGUAUUUCUAGCCAUUUAUAAAAUACUGCUUUAUUUUUUGGGGGAUCCAAAUCAGCGGCCUUCUAUACUGGGAUGCAGUUGUUCAUUCACUUUAUUGAUACUUCAUUAUAAUUUAAUGCUGCCUUCAACAGUACUUUCGAUGCUGUCUGUAUCUCGGCAAACCUGAACAUUUGGUGGCUUAUCCCAUUAAUGAGGUGAAUGGCUGUGGUCCAAACAUACAUGUUGAGAGUCAAUUUGCUAUGAACAUUUGAGAUUGAAAGAGACUAUUCAGCUCAUCAUGUGUAUUGUGAUUAUAAAAAAAAAAAAGCAUCAUAAUGUCUCCUUUCAUUGUGUUGUCUGAGGUCUGUAGUGUAGCAGUCACCAUCAAGGCUAAAGAAGAGUCCGACCCGAAAGAUCAUUCAAACGGAGAUGUUCCUGACCCGCUGAAGUUACUCCAACACUUUAUGUCCUUUUGUGUAAACUAGCAUCUGCAGUUCUUCGUUACUACUUACAAACAACCAUGCAGCGACAAAGAGUGGACAGUAUCUCAGUUUGAAUAAACAUUUGGAGGUUGUCUCAUACAAGAGUGUAAUUGUUCAUGAAGUUCUCUUGAGGAUGCUUAACAAAUAUACAAGGAGAUCUUAACUUAAUGAAAGAGUAAAUAUCUGGCUAUUGAUUAAUUAACUGCCCAAUUGUAAAUUAGAACUGUUUUGGGAAGUCAUCAUUGGCAAUUAAACAGUGAAAUAAACAGAACUAUAGAUUAAGACAAUGAUGCUGCAAUGUAACAUUCCCAUCGUGAAGUUGCCGAGCUGUGCAGGAACUCAAGAUCCCAGAGGACUAUCAAGUUAAAAACAAGAAGACGGCGGUCAUCUAGUUGAAGAGAGUUAAGAAACAAUGCCUCUUCGAUGAACCAUCUUCCGUGGCAUUCAGGACCUCAAUAACUGGCAGAAUAGUUGGUUGUUAUUAUGAUGAUGAGAUAUCUAAAAUAGACACAGAUAUUGAUGUGGUUUAAUCUCAGAGAUCACAAGGAGCUGAAGGGUCUUGAAAGCAGGAUUUAUCUCCUAGAUCCUAGAAUGACAGAACGGGAUUGCAGUGAGAAUCUGGAGCGAACACUCAGAAAAGAGGACCCUUGGAUGUAUGAUUUGGAGAGCAAGGUUGACUGAGACUGAUGCUUUGUUGGGCUGAAUGUUAUGCACGCAUUGGAGUGUUUGUACUUUACAUUUGCAAUGGAGAGUUUGAAUAAAGCUAAAUAUAUUUUUA